AUGCUGAGUGGAUUGGAUUUUGGAACCAACAGUAGUGAAAAAAUCCAUAUCGAUAAGAAGGGUUGGAGUGAUGAGCGUAAACGCCUGUUCGAGACGAAAUUGGGUGCACUCUUGAAGAAUCCAAAUUUCUUGCUACUCCAUGUACCAGAAGAAAAAGGCACCAAAAUGAAGAUCAUCCAACCUUCCAGCGAUCCAUACCAUCGUCAUCGUAUCAUAGAAGGCGUCAAUGAAGGUGAAACCACGCCACGUACUUGGUAUGCCUUAUCGCACUUGUGGGGUAUCACAAAGGCCGAUCCACAUGUGUGGGAUAAUAUUACCCAACUCGUGGAGGAUGAAUAUGGACAACCCGUUCAACCUGUUUCCAUGCGACCUGAGAAACGCAACACGUUACUGAAAUUAUUGGAAGCUUACCCCAACAGCUAUUGGUGGAUAGACGUCUUGUGUGCUCGUCAUGAUACGCCCCUGGAUAUCAUGGGUGAUAUUUACGCUUGCUGUACCGAAUGCAUUGCCCUACUCGAUAUUGAUCCUGAAGUCAUACCAGAGUUUCAUAGUGUGGUGGAUGAUGCGACUUCUUUAACUAUGGGUGAUCCUCAGCUGUGUAACAUCUUUGGAUCGCUGAUCGACUGCAAAUGGUGGAAACGGGUUUGGACAUGGCAGGAGAUGGCAUUGCCUCGUACAAUUCUGCUUAUGGCUGAGAACGCCACUCAAGUAUCUGAAAAGCACAUGAUGAAUCUUGAUUGUUUACCUGGUUAUCUACCUAUCGUCUUUCAUGGUUUGUACGCCGUGUUGACUGAUUUUUUUUAUCAACAAGGGCUGACUCAUCCAUUAUCUUUCUAUGUAGACUUGCCCAAUGCAUUUGCCAUACAUGGAGAAGUGCUUUUUACGAGAGGGACCAACUCGUGGCGUAUCUCAGCGGAUGGCCUUUACGCUUUAUUUUUAUCGUUUAAACAGUCAUCUAGACAAUGCAUGGAACCGGUGGAUUACGUCUAUGGCAUACUCGGCAUACUGCGAUUAGAUAUCCCAAGAAUGAAUGAUCAUCACCAAGUUUGGAAACUGUUUUUGUCAAAGCUUGACACACUAAUGAUUGACCUCAACUGCACAAAGUGGAAAAUCAGCAACGAUGCACAUCAAGUCGAUUUAUUGGCUGUUGAAAAUAUGGCAGAUGUUUACAAAGAUCUGCUCACCUUGAGCGAUUCAGAAAAACUAAGAAUGCUCCAGGGUAUGUAA